UCGUAGGGAGUGUUUCACUUAGACCAGGGUCGAACUCGCCAAGGUUAGGAUCCUGGUAUAAAAUGCAGAGGGGAAAGCGGGCAGUACAGUACUGGUUUGCCUUCUUGGUAGACCGUCAGUUGUUCUCACGCACGCCACCAUGUUUUUCCUUGUCUUAACUGUAGCCUUAGCAUCAUCAGCUCUGGGUCAACGUUACCAAGGCGACCCUAGAACAGCAGCCAUUUUGAACGAACAAAGGUUCCUCAGCGCUUCUGGACAAUUUGGAGCCGCUUACCAACAAGAAGAUGGAGUUCAAUACAAAGAAGAAAGUGACGCUGAUGGAACAAGACAUGGAUCUUACUCCUAUGUUGACCCCACUGGACAAAGAAGAACAAUCUCAUUCACUGCUGGCAAGAAUGGGUUCCAAGCUAGCGGUGAUGGUAUCCCACAACCACUUCCAACAGUUCUGCCACAGGCUCCACAACCACAGUACACUCCGUUACCACAGUAUAACUCCCCGGACUACCAAGACCAAUACAGGGGUCAACCACAACAGCAGUACCAACCACAGCCCCAACCUCAACAGUACAGACCACAGCCACAGUACCAACCACAACCUCAAUACCAGCCACAGCCUCAGUACCAACCUCAACCACAACAACAAUACAGGCCUCAACCACAACAAUAUAACCCCCCACCACCACAAUAUACAACCACACCAGCUCCACACAGGUUCUAUCCACCAGGAAAACUAUCCUUGAACAGGUCUCCUGAUGGUUUUAGUUACACCUUCAAACAAUCUUAAGCUGGACUGAUUUUUGUGAUUUUUUUUACGAGAUUCCUCUGUAUAUAUGUCUGUAAUUUUUAGGUGUGCUUUGUGAUCCUAGAAGUAUCUCGAAAUCAGAGAUGAGGCUUGGUUGUUUUGUGGCUGUAUUUUGAUUUUUCGCUGAGUUGAAUCUGAUUUCGUUUAAUUAUGCUGAUUGUUAGGUGGUUUUGUAUUUUUCGAAAUUUUUUUUUUAUUUUUGUUAGAUUGGUUGUAAUUAUGUUUUCGAGAGAUUAUUAGAAUUUUAGAUGGAAUUGUAAUGAAUAAAUGAUUUUUCGAGUA